AUGACAACGUUGACGGAGAGCAGGUCUUCUCUCCCAAGACCCUCACACCAACUCGAACUGGAGGAGCCCCCAGAUACUGUGGAAUUUGUUAACCAACAACUCGAGCCAAUCGAUCAUGGCCCUGCCGCUUGGAAGCUGCUGGGAACAGCAUUUGUGUUCGAAUCUUUGUUAUGGGGAUUCCCACUUUCAUUCGGAGUUUUCCAGAAUUAUUACUCGGAGCUUCCCGAAUUCGCCGGCAAUCCCUAUAUCUCCGUCGUAGGCACUGUUGCUUCAGGAAUAUCCUAUCUGGGAGCGCCUCUCACGGCCCCUUUCAUCAAGCGCUUCCAAAAGUACCAGCGACAGAUGAUCUGGGUUGGAUGGCCAAUAUGCAUCCUGGCACUCAUCUCCGGAUCCUUCGCCUCGACUCUUGAAACCCUCAUCCUCACACAGGGCGUAGCUUACGGUCUCGGCUUUCUCAUUUUCUACUAUCCAAUCCUCAACAUGGUGAACGAGUACUGGGUUGCUCGCCGUGGAAUGGCAUACGGACUCCUCUGCAGCGCAUCGGGGGUAUCAGGUGCUGUGAUGCCAUUCAUCAUGGAGAAUCUAUUGAACAAAUACGGUUACCGAACCACACUGCGAGCCGUGGCAAUAGCACUUGUCAUACUCACAGGGCCUUUAAUCCCUUUUCUGAAAGGACGUCUCCCAGCCUCCCGGUAUACAUCCACCGCAAACGCCGCAGCAGACUGGAGUUUUCUGCGAACGCCUGUGUUCUGGGUUUAUUCGGUCUCGAAUGUCGCCCAGGGUCUGGGAUAUUUCUUCCCUUCGCUAUACCUGCCUUCGUAUGCUCGGUCGAUGGGACUGAGUAGUACGAAGGGGGCUAUGCUUCUUGCUUUGAUGAGCGUGUCGCAGGUGGCCGGCCAGUUCACCUUUGGCUUUUUGUCGGAUAGAAGGGUUUCAGUGAAUAUUCUCAUUGCGCUGUCGACCGUGGUAGCAGCGGUUGCCUCGUUCACUUUAUGGGGACUGGCUCGUUCCAUCGCGCCGCUGAUCGCUUUUGCCUUGUUGUAUGGCUUUUUCGGGGCGGGGUAUGUUUCGAUGUGGGCGAAGAUGGCUAGCUCGGUCACUGCUGACCCAACGGCUACUUCAAUGGUUUUUAGUCUGCUGUGCUUUGGAAAGGGGAUUGGGAAUGUCUUGACAGGGCCUCUCAGUGCGGGCUUGAUAUCGCGGGUGGUCGCGUUGGAGAAGUAUGGGCUGGCGAAGUACAUGUCUGUUGUUGCUUUCACGGGCGGUUGUAUGGCCUUCAGCGGUGUUGUUGUGUGUUCGUGGUAUAUAGGCAAGCGUGGGAUGAGUCUGGUUCGGUAG